AUGUCCAAGUACGCCAAAAACCAGCCGAACGGCUUCAGAAAUGCCAUAGAGAGAGUUGCCAUUGUCGGGGCUGGAGGCACCGUUGGGUCGCACAUUGUCGCCUCCCUGCUUGCCACCGGGAAUCACAAAGUCACGGCCCUCUCCCGCAAGGACAGCAGCAACAACCCCCCCGAGGGUGUCCUCGUCGCCCCCGUCGACUACGACGACGAGGCCAGCCUCGUCACCGCCCUCAAGGACCAGCAGUUCCUCAUCAUCUCGUUGAGCCCCUCGGCGCCGCGCGACACCCACAGCAAGCUCGUCCGAGCCGCCGCCCAGGCCGGCGUGCCCUACGUCAUGCCCAACGGGUACGGCGGCGACGUCGAGGACAGCAAACUUGGCCGGGAGUCGCUGCUGGGUCCCGUGGCGAGGGCCCAGAGGGACGAGAUCGAGAAGCUCGGGAUGCGGUGGAUCACCGUGUGCUGCGGGUUUUGGUACGACUAUAGUUUGGGGGGCGGCGAGGCGCGCUUCGGAUUCGACUUUGACAGGCGCUCCGUGACGAUAUUCGACGACGGUCGCACCAAGAACUCGACGUCGACGUUGGCGCAGGUCGGACGCGCGGUGGCCAAGGUGCUGAGCCUAAAGGAGCUCCCCGACGACGAAAAGGACAAGAGCCUUACCCUAGCGGCGUUCCUCGACAAGGGCGUGUACGUCACGAGCUUCGUGGUCAGCCAAAACGACAUGCUGGAGAGCGUCAAGCGCGUGACGGGCACCGCAGAUGCCGACUGGACGAUUACCCACGAGAGCACCAAGCAGCGGUACGACGAGGGCCUCGCGCAGGUCCAGGCCGGGAACAUGGCGGGCUUCGCCAAGAUGCUGUAUGGGAGGGCGUUCUUCCCGGGCGAUGCGAGCGACAUGUCCGCCAAGGCGCAGAACGAGCUGCUUGGGCUGCCGGAGGAGAGCCUGGAUGAGUGUACCGAGGCGGCCAUUGCCCUUGCCCGGAAGCUGCAGCUUCGUGCCGAGCGCAUGGCGACCUAG